UUCUUUAUGCUGCUUAUCGGCCGGCGGCAUGGCGGUGUAGUCUCGUUUUUCUAUCCGUUCUAAUGGGAUGCGAGGCUACAUGGUUGUUUUUUAUGCACUUAGAAAACGACCGAAACGAGCCUCUCACGUCGUUCCCGUCGAGGGCCUCGAUACUACCGCCCGAUACCAUCCUACUCAAGUUUCUAUGGUUUGUCCGUUCUUUUUCGAUUCGUUCAUAACAACGUGAGGUCUGAAAAGAGCACCGAGAAAAUUUUUUGUGCUUCAGCCUUUUUCCAUUGAUGCCUUUUUUUGUUUAUUUCAUGCACUCAACGGCGGAUCUGGUCCGACUGCAUUCCAUUCUAACUUUCUCACAGUCCGUGCAACGAUGGGUUUGCCGAGACGCUGAUGAUGACGGCGGUGGCGGAGGAAUGGCUGGGCCCUAGGGUGUAGGGAGAGGCGCGGGGACGCAAGGCGGGAAGAACAGAAUGCGGCUGCUCCACUCUUUGAAAGACUCCGGGCUCGGGUUUGUUGCGCCUAAUGAUGGAGGCAGCCAAGAAGAAGGGCUGCCUGGCUCCAAAGUCCAUAAGUGCAUUCACGACUGAGUGUGGGGCCUCGCGUUUCUUUUUUGUUGUUCGUGUGGCCUCCCGCUCGGUCGGUACUCUCCUUGCGGGCUUCGUAUAGUUGUUUCAGUCAUAAGUCUUGAGUAGCUCUCUUGGGGCCCUAUAUAUGUUGAGUACCAAGUACUACAAGCACAACAGCAUAACUUCACAUGAAAGCCUGCCUCGUCUUAUGACCGGUCGUAUUUUUCCUUCAUGGCCUCACAAAUCGACUCGAUUCAAUUCGCCCCCAUUCCUCGCGGUCGGCCGGUCGUACGUUGUCUUGCAACAAAACAUUGUACUUAGGCAAACAUAUUUCAUGGAAAAGCGGCUUAAAAUUGCAUUCUGUAUGCUCCCGUACAUGCUGGCUAUGAUGCUGUGUGGGUUGACCACAGUAAACUAUUCUUACAACAACGAGUUCAUAAGAAAAGGGAAAAUGACAAAAGUGGCAGAAGACAUGUUAAGGACUUGAUAAAUGAGGAUACUAACUAGAGGAAAU